CAUCCACACAUGCACCUCCCAAUCCCAACACCAACUCUCUCUCAUCUCACUGAAGCACAUUGCAUCAAUAGUGUGCAAGCAAAGAUUGCUCCCUAUUGCAACAGCUCAAGCUUGCUUGGGCACGGUUGCUGCUAGCUUUGUCACUGCAAGUUCAAAUCAGCUUCUCACAGGAAACUACAGAAGGAAGAAGAAGCUUGUUGGUCACUGCAAGAACAAUGGAGGUGGUGGUUGAUAAUGCUGCUGGCAUGGCGGCCGGCGACAUGGCCGGGCAGUACCGGGGCGUGAGGAAGAGGAAGUGGGGCAAGUGGGUGUCGGAGAUCAGGGAGCCCGGCAAGAAGACGCGCAUCUGGCUGGGCAGCUUCGAGUCCCCGGAGAUGGCCGCGGUGGCGCACGACGUCGCCGCGCUGCGCCUGCGCGGCCGCGAGGCCCGGCUCAACUUCCCGGGCCUCGUCCACCACUUCCGCCGCCCGGCCACCGCCGAGCCCGACGACGUCCGCGCCGCCGCGCUCGAGGCCGCGGCGCAGGUCCGGUUCCGGCCCGACCUCCUCAUCAUGCAGCCCGCCGCCGGCGACAGCGACAGCUCCUGCGGCAGCACCGGCAGCCCGGACCUGCUGCUCGGCGACGACGUCGCCUGGGACGUCCUGCUCGGAACCGACGAGCUCGCGCCCGAGUCGCCCAAGAUGUGGACUGAGCUGGCCGAGGCCAUGCUCAUGGCCCCACCUGUAUGGGAGGGCAAUACGGCGGACAAUGACGAGUGGGCCCAGGGCAAUCUCUGGGACCUACCUGUCUGGCACUGCUGAUUCCGGGCCCACCCAGCUGAUGCAUCUUCACAUCCUUUGGUUUUUAGAGGUGUGAUGGAAAUACUUAUUAAUCUUGCCAAAACCAUAAAUAGAUUAAUGAGGUAUUCUAGAGAGCAUAAUCAUGGUUAAGAAUUAAUGUUCUGAUGAUCCUUUUCUGAAUUUGUUUGUGAACAUCUCUGGUCCUGUCAGUGUGAAAUUUCUUGGUAGUUAGCGAGGGUCUAGCUAGCCGGCACGUGCGAUUCACGUCGGUAAAAAAAAACAAUAUUUAUGAUGUGUAAUUCUUUCUGUUCUCUCUCA